UCAGUCAGUCUGCAUUCUUCCCACGGUCAAGGUGCUCCCGCCCGCCGCGGGUCGGGUCGGGUCGGGCCGGGCCGCGCCGCUGAGCGGAGCCGGCUCUCCUAGUGCGGCAGGUCGGGGUGAUGCCGCUGGGUCGCUGGAAAAAAGCCGCGCCCCCUUUGGUCGAAAAUGAUGAGGCGGAGGCCGCGGCCCGGGAGCGCUGGCUGGAGGCGCAGCGGCCACGUUCGGCUGCGCCGGGGGAGACCCCGGGGUCUGCGAGCGGGCCGGGCCCCUCGCCCCUCAGGCCGCGACUCGCCUUCCACACGCAGCUGGCGCACGGCAGCGCUACUGGCCGAGUGGAGGGCUUCACCAACGUGAGGGAGUUGUACGCCAAGCUUGGGGAAGCAUUCGGCUUGCACCCGUCCGAGAUCAUGUUCUGCACUUUGAACACCCAUAAAGUGGACAUGGACAAGCUCCUGGGUGGCCAGAUUGGCCUGGAGGAUUUCAUCUUUGCCCAUGUUAAAGGGCAGAAAAAAGAAGUGGAGAUCUACAAGUCAGAAGAUGCUUUAGGGCUGACUAUCACGGAUAAUGGAGCAGGCUAUGCAUUCAUAAAGAGAAUCAAGGAAGGCAGCCUUAUUGACCGAGUGGAAGUCAUCAAGGUUGGGGAUCUAAUUGAGGCGAUCAACGGCCAGAGCGUCAUUGGUUCCCGCCACUUCGAAGUUGCCAAGCUUCUGAAAGGUCUCGUGAAGGGGCAGUUAUUCACUUUACGUCUUGUGGAGCCCCUGAAAGCUUUUGACAUGAUAAGUCAGCGUGGCAAAGUGGGAAAAUCUGCAUCAGGUGGGCAGCUGGGUACUGGAAAAGGAACACUACGUCUACGAGCAAAAGGGGUAGCCACUGUGGAGGAAGAGCCGUCAGCAUUCGAAGAGAAGGCCAUCAAGAAAGUGGAUGAUCUGCUGGAAAGUUACAUGGGAAUCAGAGAUACUGAACUUGCUGCUACCAUGGUGGACCUUGGCAAGAACAGGAGGAAUCCCGAUGAGUUUGCACAGGCACUCGACGAGGAACUUGGUGACUUUGCAUUUCCUGACGAGUUUGUCUUCGAUGUCUGGGGUGCCAUCGGAGAUGCAAAAUCUGGCCGAUGAUGAUCAAAAACCAGUUGCAAAGACUUGAAGCUCAUAUGGAAGCAUCACUGAAAAGCAUUUAUAUAGAAAGAAAAAUAAUCUAAUAAUUUUAGAACUUUGGGUGCUGGGCUAAUUUUUACAAACAUUUCUGAAUGAUUUUAUAAGUUUGAAUAAUUGUUUGUAGACUACAUCUGUUUCCUAGGGAGAUGUGUGUUGCUUUUGGGUGCUAAACUGGUGUGCUGCUGGAGUCUGCAAAGUGGAAGCUGAAACGUUGAGAACAUUUUUCCAUAACACAAUUGUGCAAAGAAAUUAUUUUUAAUAUUUUUGUAGAUAUGCUAAUGAGAAUUUUGGGGGGGGGGGUUGAGGAAAAAAAACUCUAAAAAUUGAAUUCUAACCAGGUUUUGUAGAUUGCAGAUAUGAAAAAUUUAAGCCCAAUACAGUAAGGCACUGGUUCCUAACUUUAGAUUGGCACCCACCUAGAAAGUCCAGAUGUCCCAAGCUCUCCUUUCGAGGAGCUGCGGAUUCCUGGGGGCUGCCAAUAGUCUUGCAUCUGGAGCUGCAGGUGCACCAAGUAUAUUUUUAUUUAUUACUUGUGAACUUUUAAAUUAAAUUACCUCAAAUGUUAUUAAAAUCUUUCUGUGAUCAUCAUCACUCCCCUGAUGCACAGAAAGGUCAUGCAGUUUAAUCUGGGACCACUGCACUAAGGGAACCCUUUCACUGAAACACUUUGAUAUAUCUUAACUUUCUUAUCUGGUAUUUUAUAUUUUUGUCUGUACUGAUUUUUCUUUCUAGGAUUUGUGUCAUUUCAGGCUCAGAAUUGGGGAGCAGUACCCUUGGAAAAGGGAGGGAAAUGUUGUCAUUCCAUCCCUCUCUUGCAAAAUGUUUCACCUCCAAUAUUAUGAAUUUCAGGAAAUGGCUUAACAUUAUUUUUGUUUGCGAAAUAAAUUAAUGAUUUAAACAGUA